GAUGGAUUUUAAAGCAGCGUUGAAAUCCUUUGCUGAAGCCUGGGCCCUGGCUCAAGUUCAAAACUUGAACGGAGAUCGACCGCUAGCGGAAUUAAUUACACCGACAUCUUCCGCUACUCUCUUAACGGAAAUACUUCCGAAACUUUCCGCGAGUUCUUCUCAGGAAACUGGAGAGCUGCAGAGAAGAGAAGAAGUAAACAAGGACCAAAAACUUGUAUCCAAUCUGAAACCAGGGAAUCAGGGCGGGUUAGCAAAUUUUCCUUUUUGGGGUUCACCGUAUUCAGAACUCACAGAUGAGAAUAAGACCCCAAACCCAUUUCCGCUUAGUUUCUCACAUCUGAAACAUCAAGAUAAAUUUCAGUUAUUUAACCUGUCCUACCCAUCAUAUAUCCGUUCUUCUGUUGGGUUUCCAGCUCCGAUAAACGAGUGCAAUCCCCUGGACCUAUCUGAGACACCACCUAGAGAUUUUACAAACCUUGAACAUUUCGGGAAAAGUGUCCAUCGUAUCUCCGGAUUGACUCGGAGUGGAGAAGAACGUCCACGAAUGAGGGUUUGUUUUGACCCAGAGAAAGAGAUUCCUCUGUUGCAGAAAUGGUUUAGUUUCAAUAAUCAUCCGACCAGAACACAGGCAGAGGAGUAUACGGACAUACUAAAUAGCCUUGAGUACAGGGAGAAGAAGAGAAGGUUGGAACCUGCCAAUAUCAUCUAUUGGUUUAAGAACACCAGGGCUGCUCUCCGGAGAGCUGAGGUUAAAACUAACCUGAACCAGGUGGAUUUAUCCAGGAUAGACUUUAACUUUAGGAAUAUUCCUGGCAUGGUUGGAGAAGGAAGAUCAAGAAACGAACCAAGAGAUAUUGAAUAUGUUUUAAACGGACCAAAUAGAAUAUUAGAAAGUUCUUCCAGAAGACAGGACAGAUUGAAUCUGAAGGACGAGGACAAGGACGGAUUGGAUGAACUUCAAAAUAGAAAGGACGGAUGGAAUAUUUUGCAUAAUGACAAGGACGGAUUGGAUGAACUGCAAAGGAUCAGGGAUGAUUUUGAGGAAGUUCAAAAAAACAAGGAUGAAAAUCCGUCAAAAAAUAAUGGAUUAGAAGAUUUUGAAAGGAGUAAGAACGAACCAGAUAAUGAAGUUAGAAGAAGUAAUUCAGCUCAAGAUCUCAUUGAUUUCACUUCACCAAUCAAAGAGCCAAACAAAAGUAUUAAGUCGAUGAACCUUUCAGAGCAUAAUGAUUCUUACAAAAACAAGAACGGGUUAAACUAUGAAAUUGAAAAUGAUUUGGAUAAUGAAUACAGGAGUAAGGAUGAAAAUUGGCGAAAUUCUGAAAUGUAUGAAAGAAGACUGAACAGAGAAGAAGUAAAAGAAGAUAAAGAGGAAAAUAUAGAUUUGAGUAAAUCUGGCAUAUUUCAAAAUUCUAUCCAUAGGUUCAAGACUGAGAAAAUAGAAGAGUUAAGCAAAGAUUUAAAAUAUCCAAAGGAUCAAUCAAAUCUAACAACAGAGGAAGCUGCUACUAGAGAACCUGAUGAAAAUUAUAAAAACUGUACAAAACCAGAUUUUUCUCCGGACUCAGAUGCGGACACAGAGUCGGACCAGUUUGACGGGAUGAAUACUCUGAUACAUGAGGAGGACGGGUCUCACUCCGAGUAUAGUUUACAGCACAGGGGAAGUGCAAAACCCAGGAUGAGGAUCUGUUUUGAUUCUGAUCAGGAGAUUCCUCUUCUACAGAGUUGGUUUAAGGAAAACAAUCAUCCUCCUAGAUCUAAGGUCGAUAUCUACGUGAACAUCUUAAACAGUUUAGAGUCGAGAGCUAAAAAAAGGCGACUAGACGCUAACAACGUCAUUUAUUGGUUCAAGAACACACGUGCAGCCAUUAAACGGGCCCAGGCAACUGUUCUUCCAGUAGAAGGGCAUUCUUCAUUUCCCAGUAUACCAGGGCAGUACAGUUUGGCACAGUAUAAUCCGUCUCAGUACAAUCCAGGGAAGUGCAGUCCGGUUCAGUACAGUACAGGGCAGUACAAUCCAGAGAAAUACGUUCCGUCCUUUACUCAACUCAAUCAUCAUUACUCAGGUGCAGAUUUCCAAGGAAAAAUACUUAAAAGUUCUCGUACCUACUCUGAUUAUGACCCUUCCUCUCUACCUAAGAAGAACCGAACUUCUACAAUAAAUGAAACGGGAAUUCGGGACGGAUUUAAUACAUGUGUCAAAGAAAGAUCUCGUUCUUGUUCCCCGUAUGAUCCGGAAUCCAAAGAUUACUCCCGUCCUGGAUCCAAAGAUUACUCCCGUUCUGAAUCCAAAGAAUACUCCCGUCCUGGAUCAAGAGAAUACUCCCGUCCAGGAGCAAGAGAUUACUCCCGUCCUAAAUCUGGUUCCAGAACCAGGAAUAUUUGUCCUACUGAAGCUGUGGAAGAUUAUCACAAACUUGGAGAAACUCCCGAACCUUGCUCCGAUGAUGAUCCUAAACUGUGCUGGAAUGAGAACAAUAAUAAUAUAAAUCCUUUUAACAAUUACUCAAAGUUUAAGACUGAAUCUAGAAGAGAACCCCCGGAAACGUCCCAAACCCCUGGAUUCUUGGAGACAAAAGAGAAAAAAUGUGAACCGAACCUGUCUCCGGGAUCCGAGGACAGCAUCAGAGAUUCUAAUUUAAUUUCCGGAACAUGCUCCGGGUUUCAACCCGAUUUCCGAACCUUUCAAUCCUCCACUCCGCCGCCUGCUUAUCUUAAGGAGCGGAGAAUAAAGUUUCAAGAUUUUUCCUCUGACUCCUCGCUCUCCUUCUCUCAAUCUCAUCUGUUCUCCGACCCGUCCAACCUUUCUUCGUCCACAGCUCACACCUUGCCGUCUUUCUCUCAUCCCGCUGUUUCUCUGUCCCAAUCCUUCUCCAUCAAUUCCCAACCAUCCCUACCAUCUCAUCUUUUCUUCAGUAGCUUACAAGACCACAAGGAAGGAGCAUCCCCAUUCCCCCUUCACGGGUUAGAUAAGAAGGAUGAGUUUAAACCUUUCCUCUCUUCAACCCUACCCCACCUUCCUCCUUCAAUUUACAAUUCAGCUCCAGAUAUGAACCGGUUUAUACCUCCUGGAUUGGUUCCACUGGUUCUACCCUACCCUACCCUGCAGCAGUCUGUACUGUACAUGUCUCAGCUGAUGAACCUGAACCAGUACACUGGACAACACACGGAGAGGAAGAAGAGAAACAGAACAUUUAUCGAUCCAGUUUCAGAGGUCCCUAAACUUGAAGAAUGGUUUCAAGAGAACUCUCAUCCUUCCCACUCUCAGGUUUCAAGAUUUACAAUCCUUCUGAACAAGCUUCCUUACAGGCAGAAGUUUCCUAAAUUGGAGUAGAAGAAUGUCCUGUUCUGGUUCAAGAACAGAAGAGCUAAAUGUAAACGAGUAAAUAGCAGUUAAUUUAUAAUAAUGAACAUAAUUUUAUGAUUUUAAAUUGAAUAUUUAGAAAUGAAUAAUAAAUAUGCUAAAA